CUCCUUAGCCCUGCCCGGCUGCGGUAACCAUCCAGCCGCGCUCCUCCGGAGAGCGCUGUGCAAAGCGGGGCAAAGUCUCGGGUUUCCGCUUGUAGAGGUUGGAGAAACUGAGGCAGGGAGCCUUCCCGGGGCCGUGGCAGAGCUGGGAACGCCGCUUUCCGCGCUCGGGUAUCUAGGGCUGUUGUAGUGUCGACUCCUCUCCGGGAAGCUGUGGCUAGGUUUGGUUUCACAACGCCUUGUGCGGUAGGGAAGUAUGAUUAAUCCCAUUGUACAGGUGGGGAAGCUGAGGCACAGAGAGGUGAAGUGAGCCGCCCAACUUAGUCUGUGGCAGAGCCCGGAAUAGAAUCCAGCUGUCUUGGGUCCUAGUCCGGUGAUUUAACCACAAGACCAUCCUUUUCUAGAUCUCUGCCCAGCUCUUAAUGGACACGUGUCUACAACACCCAAAUAGUCACCUCCAUAGCUGGCACUAAUUGGCCAUCUGCCAGUCAGUCUCAGCAGAGAAGCUGAGGAUUGAAGGGGUCAUGGAUACUCCCACGCUGGGAAGCACUGCAUGGGAGGGAUGUGGAGUAUGGAGGAAGGUGGCAUUACCACUGCACAUGCUGUAAAUACAGCGAAAACUUCAGUGCCCAGCGUUGUCAAGCUCUCUUGCAUGAUCACUGAGUGCACAGGAAAAAGUGUGUGAAUUUUCUCUUAAAGCUACACAGCUGUUGGAAACUUCCCCAUGAGUUUUGUUUGACUGCCAGGACAAUUCCUGUGGCCUCAUGGAAAAGCAUUUCUGUUAUUAAAACUUUAUAGUUACCCUUUUUUAAAAACCUACUUCUGUGUGUCAUCAACAUGCAGAAGUAGCUAUAGUUCUCCUAGACCGAACAAUAAAGCGUUACAGGAGGCAGCGGUGAAUGAAGCAUUGAACUGGGACACAGGGGGCUGGGGUUCUGUGCCUAGCUCUGCUGCAGGACUCUGAGCAAGUCACGUUCCCUGCUGGUGCCUCAGUUUCCCAUCUGUGAAAUGGAGAGAACUAUCCUCUGUAAAGGGGUUUGAGAGAGCUGGAUGAGAAGCGCUAUAUCAGAGCAAGCUACUAUGAUUUAUUACAAAUAGUCUGAUAAUACGGAGAGUACUUGUCAUCAUAGAUCUCAGCGCGUCACAAAAUGGGCACACGGUGCUAUAUCCCCUGUUUGUAAUUGAGGCACAGGAAGGUUCAGAGCCAGAAUUUCACCUGCAAUUCCUAUUGACUUAAUUGCUGCUGUUAUUGGUCAAUCGACUUGUGUUUUGGUAGUGCCUAGAGAGCCUGACCAAGAUUGGAACUCUGCUGUGCUCGGCCCGGUACGGUUAACCAGCCCCUGCCGGGGGGAGCUUCAUACUGAAAUAGGGUGGGAGGAGAAACAGAGGCACAGAGAGGGCAAAUGAAUUCGCACAGCAGGGCAGUAGCAGCACUGAGACUAGAGCCCAGGUUUCCAGGGUCCCCGUCCAGUGGCUCUCUCCACAGGGCAGCCCUGAUCCAGUGGAAUGGGAGAAUGCCCGGCCCGUCUCAGAAUCGGGCCGUUAGCUACUGGCCUAAGGGGAGUGGACGGCAGGGCUGGGAAUGGAACGCAGCUCUUCUGGCUUCGGCUCUGUGCUGAGUCCACAAGCACAGUGAUUUAUGGCUAACUUGGACCAUUCCCGCAGCCUGCUCCUCCCUGCUGCCCUGAACGUGUUUGCAAAACAAGCUCCAACCAGUGUUGACGAGUGAUUAACUAUCGAUAUAUAUAGCCUCUGGAGCACGGUGCGCAUGGGAAAGAACAAACACAACACCAUUCUUGUCAGUUCACCUUCCUUGUUCUGUCCGCUCCAGCCUGGUAGCAGUUGCGCUGUGAGAUAUGUUAUCAGGGCUUCCAGUAAAGCACAAACAGGAGAGACUUUUACCAGAUCAUCUGUUCUUUCCCUUCCCCCCCACCCUCCUUGUUACUGUGGAAGUAGCAAGGCAUUCUAUGUAGAGACAGUUUUAGCGGUAUGGUCACCACCUGUCUGGUGUUAGACAGGAGUCCUGGCCUGGGUAAGCCAGAUUCCAAGGCCUGUUUUCUGAGCGUUCCUCUGAUCCAAGCCUGGCUUGCUUUGGGGUGCAGCGCUGGGUCUGCUGCUGGAAUACAGUGUCCCGAUGGGAGUUCUGCUCGCUGGCGUUGGCCUCGGGCCAAGCAAGCCGAGCUCUGGUCAGAGGUUGAUGAGGACAGUCAGCGGGAGGACUGGGUGGUGUCUAUCAUCUUCCAACUGCUACUGUUUCUGUAGCAAUAUUAUUGCACUUUUACUGGAGACUGUCUGACUCCCCCACCGUGGAUGAGUGUUGCAAUUGGAGCUGCUAUAAAGGAGGAAAAUGGGGAGGAUGCAGGGACAUGGUGGCUGUGAAUGCUGAGAUGGGAACAGAAGAGGUGAUCGUCGGGGAGGCUGGAAUGAGCGUCGUCCUCGUCUGCCGAAAUGUGUCCGAGCGAGCGGACGAGGUUGACUGGUUUCACGGUGACCCUGGCGCUGUGCCCCCACUCUUCUCCUCCAACGCCACGCUGCCCAAAGAUGCCCGCUUGUCCCUGGUGGACAAUAGCUCUCUGCACAUCUCAGCGCUGCGCCCGCAGGACGGGGGCAAUUACACCUGCAAGGAAGUGCUGAACGAGACCGUCCAAGAGCACAGAGUCCAGCUCCUGGUAGCCAGUGGCCCCAGCAGCGUGACUGUCAGCAUCUCCCCCGCCGCAACACUGCCCAAUGGCACGGUGUACGUAGACAAACGCGACGCUGUGAUGUUCAGCUGCACCAGCAACUCCCAUCCCGAGCCCACAAUGGGGUGGACUUUCCAGCUGCCCAGUUCGGCCCCGGAAACGUUUACUGAAGUCAAUGGCUCCUCCACCGUCUACACCCUGCAAAAUCUAUCCUGGCGCUUCCAAGGGAACUACUCCUGCACAGCAAGGAACCCUCUCAGUGGCAGAAGUCAGACAUCAACCAAGGAGCUCCUGGUCUACUAUCCCCCGCCAUCGGUCCCAAGGUGUUGGGCUCAAACUGCCCAGGUGGGGUUGAUGCUGCAGUUGUUUUGUAACUGGCCCGGGGGAUACCCGCACCCCAUCCUCCAGUGGACAGAAGACGGGCGAGACCUGGAGAAUUCGAGCUGGGUCGUUAAUGCAACAGGCACCGGGGACACCCACGUGGAAACGCUGAGCAGCUCUCGCCUCUUCCACGGGAAGACGUUCAAGUGUGUCGGGAGCCACAUCCUAAAGCAGGAGAAAGCGGAGCCAACUUGCACUGUGCAGAUAAAGGCCCCUUCGCUGGCGACCGAGCCACUGAAGACAUGCUUUGUGGGUGGCACCGUGUCCCUCACGUGCCAGGUGGUGGAGAGCAAUCCCCCUGCAAGAAUCAGCUGGCUUCGGAAUGUCUCCCAGCCAGAGGUGGAGAUCCAAUCUGGGGGGAGGUACCUGGUUACCCAAGAGGGCAGCGUCUCCAAUCUCACCAUUCAGAACUGCUCCCACGACGCUGACGAAGGCUACUACGUCUGCAAAGCUGAGAACCCCGUGGGGCUGAAGGAAGCCUAUGUUUCCCUCACUGUGAAGAAGCCGGUGAACAUAGUCGGGGUGGUGGGAGCAGUCGUGGUCCUGCUGCUGCUGGGAGUUCUGGUCAUCUCCGGCAUCAUUUUGUACUACAACCCCCUCCUGUGUCUGAAAGGCAGCAUAUUCAGGAAUCAAGACUCAAAUGAUGUCUUCAUGCUGGUGGAUUCAGAUGGAGAAGAGGAGGAGGAGGAGAGGGAGGAAGAAGAGGUGACUGGCAACUCCAAUGUGCAUCGAGUGACAGCCCUGGUGAACGGGAACAGCGCCCAGGCUGGUUCUGGCUACCAUUUUACUGAGAGUGACAGCAAUGAACUGCACAGUGAGCUCCCAACAGAGGAAGUGGAGAGAGAAGAGAGGCCAACUACGCAGAGGCCAAUUCUCCCUUUUCUUGCUGAAAUGGAUGGAACUGUGGGUGGAAGUUAAACUUCAAACGCAUCAUUGAUACAUGGCUGCACCUAGGCUGUUCAAAUUCCUGCAGGGGGAUCCGUCUGAUCUGGUUGUUAGUUUCUUUCUUCCCUCGCCCCAGCCCUGUUUUUUCAUUCUUUCGCUUUGUUCAUUCUUUCAUCUCACACAGUUCUUUUCUUCUCUUUUUGGCUAUUUCUUCCCUUCUCUCAAGUUUUCCUUUGUCUCAGAGUUUCUUGUUAAUAAGAGGAAGUUCAGAGGCAGACAGAGGUCAGGAGGAAUGUGUCUCUGCUUCAAAAGAUCUUGUCCUGUGGGUAUCCUCUUCAUCUCUAAGCCUGCCGCCGGCUGUGUCCGGGACCCGUAGGGCGUUAACAGGAGGGCAGUUCUGGAUCAUGAAAAAGGCUAAAGGCAAUCCCAGCAAUAUACUUGUCGGUACAAGAUGCAGCAAAAACUGGGGGGGAGGGUUGCAGGCGUUUGCUUCAUAACUGCUAGAAUGGGCAUGGGUCUGUUUUUUAUGAAAACGGUCCGGUGCUGGAAGGGAAGGUCAGGAUGUACUGUGCACUGCGUGGCUUUCGCAGUGCCAGCUGGCCUGUUCUGCACUGAGGAAGUGAGAAGAUCUCCUUGAAGCUUUGCAUGUGAUUUCGAUUCCGACUCCGCUCUAAAAGCAUCAUCCAAGCUAUGGGGUUCUCCUACUGCCAGCUCUGCCUAGUUGGGAGGAAGAAGGAUGUUUUUGUAGUUAAGAUGCAGGAUCUGGGUUCUGCUUCUCCUGCCACAGACUUCCUGUGGCGCAAGUCUCACAGGCCUGAGUUUUCAAAAGUGGCCACUGAUUUUGGUGCCUCCGUUUUGGGCUUUCCAACUUUAGAUGACUGUCAGGAGAGGCAGAACGCUAACUUGCCUACGUGCCAUGCACCUUCCACUUCAGCAGUGCGACUGCCCGGAGGGGAGCAAUAUGCUCGGAAUGGCCUAUGCCGGGGGUGGCCAAACUUACCGAUCCUCUGAGCUGAAUACAAUAAUCUUCAGACUUUCAAGAGCCGGGCGCACCUACUCGGGCCCACAGCCUCACCACCCUGCUGCAGGGCAGAAGCCCUGAGCUCCUCCAUCCCCCCACAGUCUGGUAGGUGGAGAACAGGGGGACAUAGGGGACUCUGAGAGCUGCACUUGAACUGUAAAAGAGCCGCAUGUAGCUUGCGAGCAGCAGUUUGGCCACCCCAAUCUCAGAGUCACGCAGGAACGUAACCCACAAGAACGCUCUUUGAGCGGUGUGAGCUGACCCGGCCCAGGAUGGAAGGGCACUAUGGGGCGGAUUGCUUGCUCAUCAGGGCCUGGAGUUCUGCCUCAGCAAAACCUUACUCAAUAAAUGCAGCUAGUAUUUAUUCCCUGUCUGAUAGCCAGUUGUGUGCUGCCCUUGCCGCAGCUUCAAAGAGCAGCUCUCUCUCUGUUUGCCCGUAAACCAGAAUGUUUCUAGUGGUAUGUGGAUGUGAUUUUUGUUUAUGGAAUAAAAUUAUUUUUCUGACAAA